CUCAACAGCACCUCAUCACGUCCCAUUCACACACAGCAUCAUGGCGUUUGAGGGUGGGGGGCGGAGCUGUGGUGUUCAUGAACUCAUCUGCGCUAGAAGAGUAUCUCCAGAGCUGCUAGGUGUCCUGUCCUCCAUUGCUGUCUUCAUGGCCGUGAUCGCUCUGUUUUUUCUUUACCUCAGCAGCAAGCUUUCCGUGGAGAGCCCAAGAAGUGAUCUGCCACGCUUUGAAGGUUUUGACAAGAGCUUGCAAGAUGGAGGCUGUCCAGAAAAAGGAUCAGAAAGUGAAGAUGAAACACAGAAAAAACACAAAGACUCUCAUCAGCAGAAAAGUGGAUGGAGAAACAGGGAUGAAGAGAAUGAAGAUUGCAGCAGUGAGGCCUCGGCUGAGCUGGUUAAAAGGAAAAAAGGCUCAAGUUCUUUGAAUGAACUUCAGCCUCCUCCAUAUCGGGACAAAGAUGAUGUAAAGCGUGGCUCAAGGGGCCGCAGUGACUCUGCAGAGGGUAGUGGAAGUGAGAUCAGUGAGGGCAGCGAAGACCCUGAGGACACAGAGAGUUACCUGAAUAAGGGCUAUGAAGAGGAUGCACCGAGUGACAGCACGGCUGUUUUGGGCCCGGAGGAUACCUUAAUCCCACCCCUUCCAGAAACAUACGAACCAGAGGCACUGGGAAAAUAUGGCACAUUGGACGUGGCAUUUGAAUAUGACUCUGGCGAGCAACGGCUUGCGGUGACAGUGACUGCUGCCACAGAUAUUCCAACACUUAAGAGCACAGGGAACAUUUCCUGGCAGGUCCACCUGGUUUUACUGCCCACCAAGAAGCAGAGGGCCAAGACAGGAGUUCAGAAGGGCCCCUGUCCUGUUUUUACAGAAACAUUUCGGUUCUCAUGUGUAGAGGAGGAUGCACUGGGGGAUUAUGCUGUCCGGUUCCGUCUCUACAGUGUGCGGCGCAUGAAGAAAGAGAAGGUCCUUGGGGAGAAGGUGUUCUACUUAACCAAACUCAAUCUGCAGGGCAAGCUUGCAUUGCCCGUCACGCUGGAGCCAGGCACAUCAGUUCCUGGCUGCGGAUCAGUGGUGAGUGUCUCUCGUAGUGCAGGAGCUCUGUCCUGCCGCUCCACUGGUGAAUCCUCCAUUCCAGAGAUUCUGCUGGGUCUCCUCUACAACUCCACCACGGGAAGACUGUCCGCCGAGGUUAUUAAAGGCAGCCAUUUUAAAAACUCGGUCUCCGAUAAACUGCCCAUUGGCCUGUUUUGUUGUGUAAAACACUUCAUUAGUGGGCAACUAUAUAUCAUGAGAGACACUUACGUGAAGCUUACAAUGCUGGACUCCAAAGGGAAGGAGAUGUCAAAAUGUAAGACCUCUGUCUGCCGUGGCCAGCCCAACCCAACCUACAAAGAGACAUUUGUCUUCCAGGUGGCACUUUUCCAGCUAUCUGAGGUCACCCUGCAGGUGUCCGUGUACAGUCGCCGGAGCAGCAUGAAGAGGAGAGAGCGGGUAGGUUGGGUCGCUCUGGGCCUCAACAGCACCACAGAGGAGCAAGAGGAGCACUGGACCCAAAUGAAGGAGUCAGAGGGUCAGCAGGUCUGCCAUUGGCACACACUUAUCGAUUCAUAGGGGAAGCCGUUUAAAAAUGAUGGUGGUCUCAAACUCAAUUCUUGGAGGGAAUUUGCAUAGUUUGACUCCAACCACCUCCAACUCACACCUGCUUGAUUGUCUCCAGUAAUCUUGAACACCUUGAUUAGUUGGAUCAGCUGUGUUUAAUUAGAGUUGGAGCAAAACUGUGCAGAGCUGCGGCAAUCCAGGAAUCAAGUUUGAGACCUAUGGUUUGGACAAGAACAAAUUAAAGCAUUUGUUAACCCUAAGUUUAAAGGUGUGUUGACUCACUUAUGUCACUCCAGAGUCAUUUGAAAUUAAGAGUGGCAUGAGGGUGAGUAAAUGACUAUUGGCUAUUCUGAAACUGGGGAGUGUAAAGUUAGUCACUAUACUGAAAUUUGGGCAAGUAAGGGCAAGGGCAAAGUAAAUCCAUUGUUCACUCUCAAUAGUGCAGCCAUGAAUUUGCAGUCACUUUCAAAAUAAUAAGGAUUGUGGAAUAUAAUCAAAUGUGGGUGUUGAAAUUUUGACAAACUUAAAUCUCACAUGUAUUUAGUGUAGGGAAAUGUUCACAUUGUGUGUACCAAACCUAAAAGUCCCAGUGUUUGUUACAUUCUGAAGGGCUCAUCCCCUAUGCCAGGGAUCACCACACUUUGCCCUGGAGGGCCAGUGUCGGGCAGGGUUUACCUUCAACCCUAGUCAAAAACUAUCCAUUUAUUUAAUUUGCUUAGGCUUAGUUUCUUUAUUAAUCAGGGGUCACCACAGCGGAACCGCUAACUUAUCCAGCUUAUGUUUUACACACCGGAUGCCCUUCCAGCUGCAUCCUGGUAUUGGGAAACAUCCAUUCACACUCAUACACUACGGCCAAUUUAGUUUAUUCAGUUCACCUAUACCGCAUGUCUUUGGACUGUUGGGGAAACCGGAGCACCCGGAGGAAACCCACACAAACAUGGGGAGAACAUGCGAACUCCAUGCAGAAAUGCCAACUGACACAGGCGGGACUCAAACCAGCGACCUUCUUGCUUUGAGUGCUAAUCACUGAGCCACUGUGUUGCCCUAGUCAAAAACCAAAACAAGCUAAUCAAGGUACUAGGUAUACUUGAAACUUCUAAGCAGUAAGUAUGACAAGCUGGACUAAACUCUGAAGGACAUUAGCCCUCCAGGACUAGCAGUUUAGGGCAAAAAUCAGACCAGAGUACUGUCAGUUGAGGGCUUUGAAGGGAUGAAUGGUGUCAGGUGCAAAGCUGCAUCCCUAAUGGGGUUAAACCUACCUUUAAAGAAAGGGUUGCCAAACUUAGUCGUGGAGGGCCAGUGUCGUGCUAAAAUUAGCUCCAGGUUUAGCACCUACCUGGAAGUUUCAAGUCUACCGAGUGAUGCCACUACAUAUUUAAAAUUUAUGUACAAAGAGGUCAUGUUUUGAUCUUCUAUUGAUCUAACGCAGAAGUGUCCAAACUCAGUUCUGGAGCGCCGAUGUCCUGGAGAGUUUAGCUCCAACCCUAAUCAAACACAUCUGAACUAGCUAAUCUUACUAGAUAUACUAGAGACUUCCUAGCUGGUGUGUUGAAGCAAGUUGGAGCUAAUUUUAGCAUGACACUGGCCCUCCAGUACCAAGUUUGGACACCCCUGGUCAAACGAAAUCAUGUGAUGCGAUUUCGCAGGUCACCUGGCUUGAACUUUCGAAUGGAGCAAAAUGCAAACGUUGUCGCACGAGCUUGCAUUUUCGGUCUGCCGCAUUCGCAUGCGUAUGAAUGGAAGUCUUUGGGGCAAAAAGUACAUUGUUUAUCUUGUUCAGGUGUUUUGAUUAGGGCUGGAGGAAAAUGCUGCAAGACACCAGCCCUUCAGAAACAAAUGUGGUGGCCUCUUUUCUAAAGAAUACUUCAGAGUAUGAACAACUAUGGCUGCCGCAUUGAAGAAUUGUUUCAAACCAAAGUGCGUAAAACUGCCCACUUCUAAAGAUUCUUUUGGAAUGAAGAUUUCCGAAGGGUACAAUUGAUAGACACUCACAAUUGUUUGUGGAUAUAACAUUGGUGACACAUGACGCAGACGGGCAUUCCAGUCAAUUGUUUUUUUGGUCCCCUGCAACCCUAUAAAGACUCAUGGGACUUAUCUUGGGGAAAAUGUUCAUCACCCUCCCAAAAGAGCCCUUUUAAGUGGCUAGUUUUGAGCAGUUCAUAUUCGGACAACCCCUUCCAUGUGGCGUCCAUGGUUGCUUACGCUCCAUUUGGAGACCAAUUUACAGUAUCCAGUUUGGACAAUUUCUGCCCACAGAAUUUCUCAUAAAGGUAAUCAUGACUGCACCUUUAUUUGUACCACAGAAGAAUCCUCCAUGUUGGAGGUGCCUUUUACCUGUUGAGACCAUGUUUCUCAGGAUAGCAGACCUGCUGUUUUUUGCAGUGUUGAAGUGGAGUUAUGGAUGACCAACUGAAAAGACGCCUUAUGACUAUUAAACAGAACAUUGACAAACUGCCAUUGGCACUGCCAUCAGAACCAACUGUUUAUUCACAUCAGAGCAUUACUGUGACUGUACUGCAUCGUUGUCAGUUGCAUAAGCGCUCAAACUACUUGAGGUUUAGCUUUUGUACUUGACUUGCAAUUAUGCAAAUACAAAUAUGCACUGCAUGGUAACAGCUAAAGCAUCAAGAGAAAUGCUCAGAAUAAAUAUAGGACCAAAGCGCAAGAUCACAUACAUAAUUCUGUUUUAUGAAGGGAUGUAAGGACUGUAUCACACCAGCAAUGUUGCAAAAUAUUUCAAAUGCAAAAUGUACAACAUGUAGGGCUGCUGAA